AUGUGUCUCACACAGACUGAUAAUCCACAUGAACACACACAGAGCCACAAACACAGUCAGACCAGGUCCCACAGAGUCCGAGUCCCACAGAGUCCAGGUCCCACAGAGUCCGAGUCCCACAGAGUCCAGGUCCCACAGAGUCCAAGUCCCACAGAGUCCGAGUCCCACAGAGUCCGAGUCCCACAGAGUCCAGGUCCCACAGAGUCCAAGUCCCACAGAGUCCCACAGAGUCCGAGUCCCACAGAGUCCGAGUCCCACAGAGUCCAGGUCCCACAGAGUCCAAGUCCCACAGAGUCCAGGUCCCACAGAGUCCGAGUCCCACAGAGUCCAAGUCCCACAGAUUCCCCAGAGUCCAAGUCCCACAGAGUCCGAGUCCCACAGAGUCCCACAGAGUCCGAGUCCCACAGAGUCCCACAGAGUCCAAGUCCCACAGAGUCUGAGUCCCACAGAGUCCCACAGAGUCCGAGUCCCACAGAGUCCGAGUCCCACAGAGUCCGAGUCCCACAGAGUCCCACAGAGUCCAAGUCCCACAGAGUCCGAGUCCCACAGAGUCCCACAGAGUCCAAGUCCCACAGAGUCCGAGUCCCACAGAGUCCGAGUCCCACAGAGUCCCACAGAGUCCGAGUCCCACAGAGUCCAAGUCCCACAGAGUCCAGGUCCCACAGAGUCCGAGUCCCACAGAGUCCCACAGAGUCCCACAGAGUCCAGGUCCCACAGAGUCCAGGUUUAGAUUUUCUGAUUUCAUGUUUGUUUAAUAUUAAUGCAAAAUCACUACUUCCUCCCUUUCAAAUUAAGACAAAAUUAUUUAUUUUAUAAAAAAAAAGAAAACAAAGUUUUGAAGCAUCUAGUGGUGAGUUUCCGAUUGUAACCAGCUGAAUACCCCUCGCCUCACCCUCCCUUUCCAGGUGUGUAGGAGCAACUACGGUGGCCUUCAGGUAAAAAUCUGAAAGUCUCUCUAUAGAUCCAGAGUUUGUCUGUUCUGGGCUCCUGUAGAAACAUGGCGGUCCAACAUGGCGGACUCCACCAGAAGAGGACCCGCUCCCUCUGUAGAUAAAAACGUCUCAUUGUAACAAACACAGUGAUUCUUAUUAUCAGCUGAUUAAACACUAAUGAACACAAA